AAUGCCUGCUGCAAGAUAUCUAAUCAGUUAGUCGUCCAAAAAGUGAUAGUCGCCCGUCUAAGGAGCGACACUUCCAUCCAACUUUAGACCGCUCGUAUUACUUGUCACCUUGCAAAACAUGAAAGACUACGCUAGAGAGGAGAAUGGAGGACUUAUUGUGAUGGCGUCUUGUGGCGACGAACGCUUCCCUCCGGAGAACAUGCUUGACGGGAAAGACAACACGUUCUGGGUGACUACCGGAAUGUUUCCCCAGGAGUUUGUGCUUAAACUUGAUUCAUGCAUCCGAGUAUCCAAGAUUACGACGCUAUCCCUGAACGUACGAAAACUAGCAGUAGAGAAGUGUGAUCAAGAGAAGCCGGACCAAUUCGAAAAGGUGUUCGAAGUCGAGCUGGCCAACCGAGGUGACCGGUUGCAGACGGAAGUGCACCAAGUCAACAUCCGGGCGAAGUACCUGAAGUUCAUGAUACUGCAGGGGCAUGGAGAGUUCGCCACGGUCAACAGGGUGUCCGUCGUGGGCGGUGACGACGACGGGGCGUACGACGAGCCAACGCCAGCGUACGGCAACGUGCAGCGGCAGCAGAGCUACGGCAGCGCGGCGGCGGGCUUCCCGGCGUCACGGCCGCAGAGCGGCGCCGCGGCAGCAGCUGGCGGCGGCGGCUUUGACGACGAGUUCUAGUCAGGUUCCUAGGACAGCCUCCUGCAGUUGGCUCCAUGCACGCAGGCAGGACCCAGCUGUAGGAAGGACAGUUGGUCGCAGCAGCCACUGUGCAGCUGUUCGCUUAGCUGGGCAGCUAGCCAGCGUGGGCCCUGUGCGGUGGCAGCGCAGGGCGCGCUCUGGGGGCUGUGCGCCGUAGUUGCAUCCUCGCUGGGCUGGUACCUGGCUGUGACUAAACUAGGGGAAGGAUGGACAUGGCACGGGGCGUGUGCGAGACGGCGCUUGGGUAGGACCUGCCUUGCUGUUGAUUGGGUGUCAGGCAGAAGGCACGUCAGGGCAAAGCUUGUGCAAGGAGGUGGGUGCGUCAGGUAGUUUGGGGGGUGCCAAGUAAGGGCUUGUUGGGAAAGGGAGGUAAGUACCAUGCCGCGCGUGCCCAUGCAUAUGUAGGGGUGGGGGAAGCGAGCGACAGCACGACACACUGCGCACUGUGCGGCACCAGGAGGCAGGGUGCCUUGGGUGCAAUGCAUUACCUUUGCUUCUUUGAAGCAAGGUGUUGGGCAUGCCGCGGCUCGGGUUGAGGACAUGAGGGACUUGUAUUGUUUAACUUUGAAGCACAUGAGGCGGGGCGAAGGGGCCAUGGACUUAGACCCACUUGUAUGGGUAUGGAUUGUUGUAUUGUAUGGUUCCCUGGCGCAGUGCAUUGCAUUGCGUCUUGUACAUAUGAAGGAAUCUUGCGAUGCGGGUGUUGCUCCGCAGCAGAGGUUGCAGAGCGUUUGCGCGUACGUAGCAACGCCUAAAUACAGUCUGACAUCUCGGCAACAUCUUGGUGCGGUUUCCCGACAUCUUCCCAGGCAUAUCUCCUGGCCCUAGUGUUCCAUGUGGCAUUUAUCCUGCCUAUCCAGCCUUUAAGGAUAGGAGGUCCUCUAGACGGUUCCAUACAUGGUGGUGUCUAAUGAGACCUGGAAGGCAUGUGGCAGGAGAUCUCGGCCAA